GUGGACGACAAACCUGCAGGUUCAAACGGGACAGGACGCUGACAACACAACUCGGGGGACAACAGACAGCUGAGUCCUGGGUUGACUCACGGUGUACCUAAUGUAAUGUCCUGCAAGCGUGCAGUCAUCUCAUUAAAAGGACAAAAGGGUGCACGCCUCACCCUCUAAUAGCAAAGUGAACUGGUUCUUGUUGGCUCUUGCCAUCUGGACUUUUGUGCCGACCAGUUUGUACCAGGCAGACAAAUGGAGGCCUUCUCGGCGAAUACAGAGGUGUGUGCUGAAGAUACUUCAGAACCACGAAAGUCCAGAGUCAAGUUUCCUAGGCCUCGUCUGUUUACGAGAAGCAAGCGAGCAGGCGUGGAGUUCAGUGCCAAGUUCAGCCAGUCGGCCAGUGACAUCCUUGCAGGAAAGGCGCUGGGAUCCGAGGAUGAUUUGGCAUGCCCCCAGGGAAUUAUGGGAUCUCGAGCGCUCUCCCACGACAGCAUCUUCUGGGCCGACCAGGUGCAGACAGAUGACGACAACGAGCCAGUCAGGGUGUCAUCCCAGGAGAACGUCCUCAGCAAAAUCAAAGUUUUGCAGGUGAAGCUUCUGCAGCAGAAGAUGCAUCUGGGACCGCCUCCUCUUGUUCUGCCCAUCAGGCGACAAGAGAAUGGGGGUGGCAACUCGAACGAGGGCCCUGCUCCUCACAAGAGCCCUGAAUUUUCUACUGUGGACCUUCCAACCCAUGGAGCCCUCAGAAAGGUGGCAUCACAGCCACUCUCCCCCAUCUUCAAACCUCCAGCAUCCAAAUUUGGGGCCACCACUACGCCGUCCCCAACGUUCAUCCCUUUUGGUCCCGCUGUCACUUCUCCUGGCGAGUUCCCGCUGGACUUUAGCACUCCGGCCCAGUUCACCCCUUCUUUGGACACGUCCGCUGCCCGGCAUCGUAUGUCCAUCAAGCCCCGCAACCAGAGGGUCAGCACCAAGAGGAGGGCGGUUGAACCGGAUGCUAAGGUGGAUGACACGGACAACCAUCCUGAACCCGUGACGGAUGAACACGCUAAGGAGGAAGUCAUUUUGGAAGGACAAGGCGAACUCAAGGUGUCACAACAAACGUUUCCGAAAUCCACCCAGCCCGAAGCGUUCCGAUCGGAAGCCACUCUGGACCGCGCUUUACCUGGCAGAUGCUCUCCCGUGUCCUCUCAAGAGCUUCAAGCGAAGCUUCAGAGGCGAGCACUUGUAGUCUCAAGCGAGAGAGCACAUCCAUACUCAGGGGAUUCUGGAAAGACCCACAAUAAGAGUGAAAUCAUCUCCUUCAGCCAGCUGUCCAAUAGCUGUGCGUCGGCGUUGUCCAGAUCCGCAAUUUGUCCGCGGGAUGAAGCCGACGUAGACAGCGUGAGAGGACUAAAAAGACCUGGUUCUGGAUCCUUCCAUUCCUCCAUUACCUCUGCCAAGAGCCGCAUCGAAGACAGACCACGAUCAGGCAGUUUUGUGGGACUUGUAGGACAAGCGGGGUCCAGACACAAGGUAGGAGGUCCGGUCGAGGACAUGACGUCAAGCUUGCGGCAAAGGGAUGAGCGUAAGGAUCUACAGCCAGGAAGUAGGCCUUUUGCAGUGGGAAAACUUAGACAAGAGCAGAAAAGCUCAGGACAUCCCCGGGAAAGGCAGGAUAGUGCGAAAAAUGUCGAAGGAGCUAAAGCCGUAGAUGCUGUCCCAUCGCAGGAAGUGGAGGGGGUCGUAGUGGCCACAAAGGUGGAGCUCAAGGAGGACGGAGAAGAAGAAGCAAAGACCAUGUUUGGUUUUAAACUCCGCUCCACCUCUAACUCCAUGCGAUUUUGGUCCGACGGAUCUUCCGGGCGUCAGUCGAGGAAGUCGUCGAGUGAGGAGCCGAGCGUUGGACUGAAAAGUCAAGAAAGCCGAGAUGACGAUAGCCUGUCCAAAAAUGCGAAUGCAGGAGAUUUCACACAGACAGAUCCAGCGCUCUCGUGCAAGCCUAGCCCUCCGUCUAUCUUUGAGGCUCCCACCUUACCAACAGACGUCCAAUCAACCUCCUUAAAUCACUCUCAGGACCUUCAAUCGACCCCGCAAACAAGUUCACCCGAGGUAUCCUGGAUGAGUCUGGCAAUGGAAAAGACCAGAAGCCUCCAGCAGCUUUUUGCGAGACGAUUUCCAAAGGACUGCUCGAGUACGGCGCCGCAAAUACCAGAGCAGACAGCAGAUGAGAAAUCUCAGUCUGUAAGAUUACAAGAAAGGGAGAAACCAGCACACGAUGGCGGCGGCGGCGGCGGAGUCGUAACGGAGCACGGCGAAUGGUUCCAGAAGACAACAGUCAACACCUGGAAAGAACCCGAAAGGCCGCAAUCACAUGUAAACACAAGUCAACCGGCCUUGCAAAGAACCGUAUGGGCAAAAUGUGGGUCUCCAUCACGCUCCGCUGCUCAGUCAGACACCCCGUCUCAGUUUGGAACAGGGACGACCGUCCCUCAAUCCCGAGCCCAGUCCUACCAGACUUCAGACCCGCUACCUUGGAGCCAACGAGGUCUCCAACCUACAGCACAGCAGCAGCCCAAAUAUGUGGACCAGGGCAAAUGUACAAUGCAGGAAAAGGAGAGCAACCGCAACAGUUUGGCCGGAUCAGUCAGCGAGCGAGCUGCGUUUUUGGAGAGACAAGCAGAUUGGUGUUGUCCGCCUUUAACAAAAGGGGUAGAGUUGAGGAAAGCGCAACUGGAAAUCAAGACCGAACCCCUCACACAAGGCAAAGACACAAAACCCGAAGAAGGCUUCAAACCUCCAGAGUCCCAGAGCCCCAUCCGAGUGCCUGACAGACCUCGCGAAGAGAAAUGGACGCGCAAAAACCUGGGGUCCUCGCCGUCGCCUUCCUCAUCACCCAUCCUGAGGUCCACGCCUGACAGCGCUCAGCCUUCCUGGAUGGAACUGGCCAAAAGGAAGUCCAUGGCGUGGAGUGACAAGACCAUGGACUGAGGAUUCUUUUUAUUAUUUAGUUCCCUCGGAAUCAUAGCACACUUAUUGUUAGGGUGGUGCUCACUCUAACUUAUUUUCCAAGAACCACACGGGAGACAAGUAAGUCCUUUUAGACACCUGCAGGUGGAGAGUCCAUUUGUCGCCGUGCGUACAGCGAUGAUCGAAUGAGGUCUCUCUCGGGCCUCUUGCAGGAGCAUUUUUAUCAAGGUGGGGGUGAGAGUGGACUGGAUGGGGUUGAAGCCCCUGACCUGCUGAUCAAAGCAUAGCAGGGGGUCUUUUACGACGUCGUGUAAACCAAGCAACUUUGAUUGCUUCCUCUGCAGCUAGUCAAUCAGUUCAAAAGAUCUUGGCACUUUGUUCUACUACUUUUGUUAAGACAGGCCAAGCUAGGUUAAUUAUUACAGGUUACAUUCCAACAUAAUCAUACGAUGAAGAUAAUCUGUAAACACUUACCUGUCUUUUUGAAGGGCUGAAAUGAAAAAUGGGCCUCUUUUGAGGAGGUUCUAUAUCGCCACUGAUACCACGACUACUUUGGAUACAUACAAUUCUGCCAAAAACAGUUUUAGAGGAAGACAGUCAAGGGAAUGGGUGUCUGUCUAUGUGUGCCCUGCGAUUGGCCGGUAGCCAGUUCAGGUGUUCCCUGCCCGCUGCCCAAAGUCAGCUGGGAUAGGCUCCAGCACCGCCUGCCAUGCUCGUGAGGAUAAGCGGUUCAGAAAACGAAUGGAUGAUAUCAUGAAUAGAAUAAUUGAUGUAUAUUUGUAAUAAUUAACACUUGUUCAACUCUUGCAUUCCUUAAAUGUAGUAUGGAAAAAGAAAUGGGUAAGGUGGGCAAACCACAAUUUAGUGGAUGACAGGGUAGAAAAAAAAAAAAUUCAAGUGUAAUUCUUUCCAAAGCGUUGUGUAUUGAACUGUACUAUACUGUAAAAUGUCCAUGUUAUUUGCCACUCCAACACUUUGAAAUAAAGAAUA